AUAUUUUCUUUUUAAGUCUCUUCAUUGACUGUCAUUUUCUCUGCUUCACAUGGUUAUUCAAACAAAAUGUUAUGAAACUUUAAUAUCAUGUUACAGGUUGUUGAGUUAAAGGUACGCUUACACUGCAAGGCAUGUAAGAAAUCAGUUCGCAAAGCUUUGUGCAGGAUCAAAGGGGUAACGUGUGUGGAAAUUGAUGUAGUAAUGAGCAAGAUCACGGUGUUAGGCUACAUUGAUCGCAAAGUAGUUGUAAAAGCCGUGCGGAGGACUGGAAGAAGAGCAGAGUUGUGGCCAUCAUCAUCAUCGUGUCGCCAAGAGGAGCCUAGACUGGCUGGACGUUUUGGGUGCAUUAAUAUCCCUAGAUGGGGUUUUUGAAACUUCAAAUUAUUGUAAUGCUUCUAUUGUCUUGAAUUAGAAGAAACCAAAAACAUGAAUCUAUGUGGAGUAUAAUGUCAAGAAUAAUUGCUGCGAAA